CUGCAAUUUCGAUUUCGAAGCUACUCUUGACGAAGGGCCUGGAUUUCCGGCGACCACCUGUCAAGACCGAAUGAGGGCCGCAACCAAAGAGAGAGCACGCGAGAAGCGCCGACGAAAGCUAAGGACUGGGAUUUCCAUCACUCAUGCGCCCGUUGUAGUCUAGGCAAGCCAUAGCCUCCAGAUACGGAAUAGCAGUCUGGACCACCUGCUGCCUCCCUCGACACAGAACGGCCCUCACGGCCACCGCCCAUUGACCCUAGCAAGGAUUCGCACGGAAUGCGAACGACUUCUCGUGCUGGGAGACAAAUGCCAUGCACAUUACGCCUCAUCAACACCAUUCUCAUCAUUCCUGGCUGGGCUUUGAGGAUCGACGGCGAUAUAAGAAUCCGCCGCGCCUGCUGGGAGACGGACUGACUCGAUUCAUGACGGCCAGUAUGGCAACAGUACAACAGUUGGAGCCAAUGCGGCCGCCGCCACGUCCGCAGAGCAUCAAUGACAAUGUUCUUGUGAAGGACAUCGAUAUGGCCAUGACAACGCCGCCACUUCCGCAUGGGACGACGCUAUGCAGCAGUCCGCAGAGAGGAGACACCAGAACUGUCGUCAUCAUCUAUGGUUGUGGCCAGGAGAAGAUUGUUUCCGUUUUCGCCGAGGUUCUGGGUGCCCCAUCUCACUUGAAGAAGUCCUUUGAAGACAUCACCCCGGAGGAUCAAGACGUGGUCAUUGGACUUUCGGCAGAAAGCGCGAAACUUGGCAUUGCAGCUCGGGACAAAAGAUCGAUCAUAGCCAUCAACGCCCACUGCACCUCUCUGGGUAUGCCCCCGGAUGUGUAUCUCUCGGCGCAGUGUGAUUACGAAUUCCUGUAUACCGAGGAGCCCUUUUUUCGGAGGGAUCUGGCACGCUUCGUCUCGCACGUCCUAGGGCAACUCUCCCACCAUGAGGCGCUCAUGGCAAAACCGAGGACUUACUUCAUCUCGACGACAUUCCCGGAUGUACACGCUGCUCUUCCCAACAUCGACAUCCUGACCGUGGGGUCUGAUGCGGUUGAGAUCCGAGUCGACCUCCUCCAAGAGCCGCUCCCCAACGGCGGCCACUCGACGAUACCCAGCCUCAGCUAUGUUGGCGAACAAGUCAUGCUUCUUCGCCAGAGGACCGAGCUGCCCAUCAUAUUCACGACAAGGUGUACGAAAGAAAAUGGCCGGUUUCCGAUGGAGAACCCAGAUUUGUACUACCAGUACUUGUACCGCGCCAUCCAGUGGGGUGUGGAGUACAUCGACGUCGAACUCUGGCUUCCCGAGGCCAUCAGGAGGAGGUUAUACGAGCAGCGCGGUAACAGUCGCAUCAUGUCUGCUUUCCAUGACUUUUCGGGCACAUUCAAGUGGCCGUCGAGACGGGCCGAAGAAGUCUUUCUCGAAUCACGGCGCUACGCAGAUAUAGUGAAGAUGAUCGCCAUUAUUAACGACCACAACGAGAACUUUGAGCUCGAGUAUUUCCGGUCCAAAAUCAAGGCUGAAUAUCCCGACGCUCCGCCCUUGUCGGCCGUCAACAUGGGCGAGACGGGACAAUUUUCCCGGACACUGAACAAGGUUUUCACCCCAAUCACACAUCCACUUUUGCCCAUCAUUGCGGCGCCAGGACAGAUGAGCGCCGCAGAGAUAAACCAGGCAUUGGCUUCGCUAGGACAGUUACCAAAGAAGAACAUUUACGGCAUUAUCAGCCCGUCCAUUCGCAGCGCCACGCCUCAGGCAACGUUCUACGAAAAGUGCUUCAACGAACUGGGCCUGCCCCACCAGUUCGCCGUGGUCGAACGGCAAGCAAAGGGACCCGGUUGUAUCGAAGCAUGGUGCAACCAGAAAGGGUUUGGCGGUGCCUACCUUAAUCCCGCUGUCUCUUUCACCAGCCUGGUAGCUCACAGCACCUUCUUCGCAUCCCUUAACAAUGGGACGGGGCCCAUUCUCAGCGAGGCCGCCCGGCUGAUUGGCAUGGUUGACACCAUUGUCGUUCGGCAGAACUCCACCAGUCACGCAGCAUCGGGACCAGCGUCGAUGCCCUCAAGUCCGCCCCGCCACCAGAAUGGAGAAUCGUUCUCCGGAUUCAACUCGACUCAACUGGGCCUUCCGCCCAACACAUCUCUGGUGUUCGACAACGCGUCGUGGAAGGGGAUCCUCAGUACGCUCACCCGUGACUUUGCACCUUCAGCAUACUUUGGGUGCGCCGCCGUUGUUCUCGCGUCUUCCGCCGAUGACGCAGCGAGUGCCCUCUUUGCGCUCAAGGCGCUCAGAGUUGGCAAGGUUUAUACCAUUGGAUUCAAGACGCCACCAGCAUUCGGAAAGGAUCUUCUCAUCGAACCAUUCACCAGCCUAGAGAGUAUUCAAAAAGCUCGCACGGUCAGCUCGAAUGGCGCAGAUGUGGGCGUGGGGAGUGGCUCGCCAUUCCUGGUGGUGAGUGCAUUGGGAUCGGAGAGGAGCGCUCUGGUCGCAUUGCUGGUUCGACUCUUUGGCUCCCGAGGCGGCACAGCCAACUCUCGUAAGGUGUUUCUGGACCUGGCAGACCGCUCAGUCACGCGGAAAGAAGACCCUCGCGUGGCCGCGGAGCAGAGUGGAUUUGCUGCAUACGGUGCCGCCGACAUUACGGCCUUCACGACGGUGGAGACGCUUCGGCUUUUGGUCGGGCAGAAUGUCCCGUACAGUUUUGUCCGCCUGGCAAGUGGUCGGGGGUUGUUCUGAUAUCUUCCGGUCAUGCGACAGUGGGGAUAGAGCAAUUGCAUGAUGAGCGGGUUGACGCUGAUGAUGAGCUGAGGAGUGUUUUUCGUUCCAGGAGUUACUGAGAGAGGCCGCGAGCGUCAGCAUCUUCAGGGAAGCUCAGAGCGGCACCCCACCCGGAUUGAUGCUGAGAGAGGAGAACAGUUGACGCAGGCUGGCCCGGUUCAGGAAGGGGUCCAGGAUUACUCAUGAUUGGAAAUACCGGCAGGGG